UCACGUGAGAGCGGGAAGCACCAACAUGGCGGCGACAGAGGGGCCCUCCUUCUCACUGGGUAACGAGACCCUCCAGGUGCCAAUGGCCCUCUUUGCCUUGAACAGGCGUCGUCUGUGUGAGCAGCUACGUAAGAAUGCUGAGGUGCCAAAGAAAGCGGUAGUGCUCCUGCAGGGGGGAGAUCAACUCCAGCGAUACUGCACUGACACUGAUAUCAUCUUCCGUCAGGAAUCUUACUUCCACUGGACGUUUGGAGUGCUCGAGGCGGACUGCUAUGGUGCUGUGGAAGUUGCUACUGGCAAGUCCCUACUGUUUGUGCCCAAGCUCCCGGAGAGCUAUGCUGUGUGGAUGGGAACGAUUCACAGCCGUGACUACUUCAAAAAGAAAUACUCCGUGAAUGAAGUUCACUACACUUGUGAUGUGGCUGAGGUGCUGAGGACGCUGCAGCCAAAUGUGCUGCUCACCCUGCGUGGUGUGAACACUGAUAGUGGGCACACUACUCGAGAAGCUUCAUUUGAUGGAAUCAGUCAGUUUAAUGUGAACAAUGCUUUACUUCACCCCGUGAUCAUGGAAUGCCGAGUGAUAAAGACAGACAUGGAACUGGAGCUCCUGCGUUACACUAACCGCAUCUCAAGCGAUGCGCACAAGGAGGUAAUGAAGGCUGUGCGAAUUGGGAUGAAGGAAUACGAGUUGGAAAGUCUGUUUGAACACUAUUGCUACACUCGAGGAGGGAUGCGUCACACUUCGUACACCUGUAUAUGUGGCAGUGGGGUUAAUUCUGCUGUCCUACAUUAUGGACAUGCUGGAGCUCCAAAUGAUAAGACCAUUCGGGACGGAGACAUGUGCCUCUUUGAUAUGGGCGGUGAAUAUUAUUGCUAUGGUUCUGACAUCACCUGCUCAUUUCCAGCCAAUGGCAGGUUCACCCCUGACCAGCGAGAUAUCUACCAGGCUGUUCUGAAAGCAUCGCGGGCAGUGAUGGGUGCUGUACGACCAGGGGUUGCCUGGCCAGAUAUGCAUCGGCUCGCUGAGAGAGUCCAGCUGGAGGAGCUGACCAGAAUUGGAAUUCUGAAAGGAAACGUGGCCAACAUGAUGAAGGUCCAUUUGGGAGCUGUCUUCAUGCCUCACGGUCUGGGUCAUCUUCUGGGAUGUGACGUCCAUGAUGUUGGCGGCUACCCAGAGGGUGUGGAGCGUAUUGAUGAGCCAGGGCUGCGCAGUCUGCGCACCACGCGGGAACUGCUCCAGGGCAUGGUGCUCACCAUUGAGCCGGGAAUCUACUUCAUCGACACGCUCCUGGACCAGGCUCUAGCAGACCCGGCCCAGGCUUGUUUCAUCAACAGUGAUGUCCUCGCGCGCUUCCGGGGCUUUGGGGGCGUGCGUAUUGAGGAUGAUAUUGCUGUCACUGCCAAUGGAAUGGAGCUGCUGACCUGCGUGCCACGCACUGUGGAAGAGAUUGAGGCCUUUAUGGCAGAGGGCACUGGCUCCUCCAAGCAGUUUGGUCAGCUUCCUGAGCAGACAGCCUGAAACUGCUGUUCAGUGUCAGCUUCACUCUCUCCUCGCUCUCGGUAACCCAGUGAUUUGAAAUCCCAAAUCUCAAAUCAAAUCAAGCUUCACGCUCACAAAUGAUGAUGCAAAAAUAGAAAAUGUUCCUCUGUCUGUUUGUAAAGAGCAAGAAUCAGUGAGACCUCAUCACUUUGGUGGAGACAGAGAGUGAAACUUCAGCACCAACUUGAGGGGAGGUAACAUUCCUCAACAUUACACAUCCAAAUGCACAGCCACAGGUAGACACUGUGUUUGAAUCCAUUUACACUCACUCAGGCACUCCUGCACACAGAAUCGUGAUGGAAUGGGACCUCCUUUGGUCAGUGUUGAGUCAUUGGUUGGCUCCUCGCUUGUUCACUCCCCUUCACUCCACACACAUCAGUGAAAACCAGCAAUUACUGCCUCUGCCAAUAGACACUGUGCCAUCCUCCAUUGCCUGAUAUCCAAACUGGAGACUGGAAGAGCUGUGAGAGGGGCCACAGAGUGGGUCCCCUUGAUGGAAUACUCAGGUUGAGUAUCUGUCACACACACACAAGGAAUCGGGAGCAGGGUGGACUCUGGGAUCUCCACAAACGUGUAGUUAAAUACCGAGCAAUCAGAAAUACAAAUCAUCUUGCUCCUAGCUUGGCAAAUGAAACAAAUCUGUUUUUUAAGAACAAUGACAAUAACUGAAUUCCUUUCUAACUUUUCUGCAAUAAAGCUGUAUGUUUUUCA